AUGUUCGCCACCAACAGCAUCCUAGUCCUGCUUGCAUUGCUCGCAUCAUCCCCACCCAUACUGACGCAGUCUCAGGACUCCUUGCCACCCAGCUCACCUCGCAAAUCGAUCAACUAUGGACCUGAGCUGUCGACUCACUCCAUCAAAACCUCCGUUUACUCCAACCACAACAACGAUCCCAACAGCGAACACUCUCAAGCUAGCUUGAUUCGUUUCAAUACUGCCUCUGCUAGCUCCUUCUCGCCCAUCAAACACACCUACCACCACGCUCAUCCAUCCUCACUCAAACAACUCGGAGUCAAGAUCGCCACCGAGUUUCUCCACCAUCUCCACCCUUCAACCAGUCUCGACUUCCAACUCACCUCUGCCCAUAUCUCCAAACACACCAACGUGCUACAUGUCUACUUUGUUCAGACUAUCCCAUUGGGUGAUCUCGAUCAUCACCUCAAAGUCCACAACGCUGUCGCUAACCUCAACGUCGAUCUCGACCCAAGAUCUCCCAAGUUUGGUCAUAUCCUCAGUCAUAGCGACUCGUUCCAUCCGAUCCUCGAUCAUCCCUCCCCAACUCAUGCGAUCAACUUCCUCAACACCUUUGGGAAUCAGGAUGAUUCCCGUUGCACCCAGCUCAAGAACCAGUUCGAUCGUGUCUUGAGAUCUCUCUCCUCCAGCCAUCAACUGCUCAACCAGCAAGUCAUGGGUUUAUUCUCUACCCAGUCAAGUCAGGACUCGACUGGAGACGAGAAGAAGCUUUUGACCGAUUUUAGUGAGGAAGAACUUCGAUUGAUCGCCGAGUGCGAGGUCUCGAACGGAGUCAAAGAACCAAUCCGCUCCGAGAUUGUCGACCCCAGAAUCGCUCUGGUUAGCUUCCUCACACUGGCUGCCGACCCAGAGACGGAGAAUCACUUGCGCUCUCGAUCUUUGGAAGAUUUGAUUCAAUCCAUCGACAUCAUCAAGAAAACUCCCUCCUCCUCGUUCCUAGCUACCAGUGACUCCGGCGAAGGUCCUUCCAGAGAUCCCCCAACCUUUGAGUUAUUCAACGUGCCCGGUGCACUCGGCCCCGACUCUUUAGAUGGUGUCUCCUCGACUAAAGCUACUUCGGCUGAAUUGGCUUGGUUGAGCGUCGAUGAACAAUCAGACCACUCUCAAUCUGGAAAGCGUGAGCUCAAGAUGGUGUGGAGGUUCGAGUAUCGCAGUAACUCCAACUGGUACGAAUCAUACGUCGAUGCCAGCUCUCCUGGCUUGGUGCCCAUGGCUGUUGAUUGGGUUAAGGACUUUAGACCUACCAGCGAAUUGGCCCCUUCAUACUCUGAGCACGUCGCCAUUCAAGCCGCGCUCAUUGAGGAGUUCAAGAGUCUGCCUAAAUCAUCCGCAUCUCUUGGCAGAGAUCCUUCGCAGUCCAAGUCCGAGUCAGAUCUGCCCGUCCUGCCCAAAGGUGCUACCGACGAAAGACGAACAGCCUCGUAUCGCGUCUUCCCGUGGUCCGUCAAUGAUCCAACCCUUGGCAAGCGCGAGAUUGUUGAAGGUCCCUCCAACCCGAUCGCCUCGCCACUUGGCUGGCAUACCAUCCCACCCACUCACCGUGCAAGUGAACAACGUGACAUUAGCCACUUAUCAGCCGGCUGGUCUCGUCAUUUACCCCAUCAUGGGCUUCGAGCUACGGACAGCCGUGGAAAUAACGUUUAUGCCCAAGAAAACUGGGAGGGAUUAGACAACUGGGAGUCAAACUAUCGACCCAAUGGUACCGAUGACCUCCAAUUUCACUUUCAUUUGGGCUGGAACCGUACCCACAGCCCAACCGAAACUCACAUCAAUCCCAAACAGUACAUUGAUGCUGCGGUCAGCGAAUUGUUUUUUACUUGCAAUGAAUAUCAUGACUUGACUUACCUCUACGGGUUUGAUGAAGAAUCUGGAAACUUCCAACAGCACAAUUUUGACCGGGGCGGUAGAGGGAAUGACGCCGUGAUUGCCAAUGCCCAAGACGGAUCCGGAUACAACAAUGCCAAUUUCGCUACUCCUCCUGAUGGCCGUAAUGGACGGAUGAGGAUGUACAUUUGGAAUGGAGCCGAGCCAUGGCGUGAUGGUGAUCUUGAGGCCGGGAUUGUUAUCCAUGAAUACUCCCACGGAGUCAGUAUCCGAUUGACUGGUGGACCUGCAAACAGUGGGUGUCUUGGUUGGGGAGAAUCUGGUGGCAUGGGUGAAGGAUGGGGCGAUUUCUUUGCAACUUUGAUCAGAAUGCACAAAUCGAAGCCGGUUGAUUUCACCAUGGGAGAAUGGGCCAGUGGAGUCAAAGGCGGAAUCCGAAAGUACAAGUAUUCGUUGGACAACAAGAUCAAUCCGGAAACCUACCAGACUCUUGACAAACCUGGGUACUGGGGUGUUCACGCCAUUGGGGAAGUUUGGGCUGAAAUGCUAUUUACCGUAGCCGAGGAGUUGAUUGCCAAACACGGCUUUGAGCAAAGUUUGUUCCCGCCUACAGACGAAACGGACAAGAGCGACUUUUACAAAGUGUCCAAGUUGAGUGGAAAGAAGGUCCCGAAACACGGAAACACGUUGAUCUUCCAACUCGUGCUAGAUGGGAUGAAAAUUCAACCCUGUCGCCCCGGAUUCUUCGAUGCCCGUAAUGCGAUCUUGGAAGCCGACUCAAUCUUAACCGGGGGAGAGAACCAGUGCGAGAUCUGGAAAGGUUUUUCGAAACGUGGCUUGGGACCUAAGGCCGCCAUCAAGGGAAACACCCCUUGGGGUGGAGGUAUUCGCACCGAUGAUUUCUCUCUUCCCCAGGGGGUUUGCGAUGCUUGAUUGCGGUAAUGUCUUGGAUCUUGUACUACCAAAAGUAUCAUUUGUCUCUUCUUUUUAGCAACUUUUUUCUGCUCGCACGCGUUUGAAUGCCCAUCAAACAACCACCGUUUGAAAAGCCAUUACAACGAGGAACGGAUCAAUUGGAAUCUCCAGUCAGUCAAAAUAAGAAGUGUUGUACAGUUUUUGUAAAAUUAGAUCGCUCUCGUUUCUCUUUUGUUUGUGACCACUCAUUUCCUAUUCUUCCACAUUGUUUUUUUUACUGACUGUCUUUACACAUAUGUCCAUACAAAUACUUUUGUGAUUGUUGUUUUCUUAAGACUCUUCCGAGUUCUCUUCCUUGUGGUCAUUUCACUUUGGAUACAAGCUUAGAACACACCUUGUUUCACAUAAAUGCUGCAUGGAAUUGACCAACGCGUGCGUUCAUGCCAAAAGAGUUGGCUUUGCAGGC